UGCAGCCUUGUUAACAAAGAAGUUCAGCUUAAGAUAGCAACAUGACUCACCCCGUUAAGCAUUCCACAUGUUUAGAGAUAAAAAGACCACUGUGGCUCUUUUGCAGUCGAUAUAAAAGGACGUGUUUGUAGCAAUAUUCAUCCGCGAAUUGAUUACUUUCUACAUUACUUUUUUUUUUUUAAAAAAAUAGCCAUGUCUAUUUGAUUAGACGAUCCGUUCUGGCAACCGGGAUUGAGUGACCUCCGAUGUUAUCGCCGGGUAUUCUCCGUUUUCGCAAUCCCGCCGAGACAUAAAAAAAAGAUUGCCCCGCUGGUCCAUGCUCUCCAAGGCUUUAUACUACUUGAUUACAUGCUUCUCAACCUUCCAUUUCAGAAUUGACCAGCAUGGAAAACCAACUCCUGUCCAACUCGGACCCCCUGUCCAUGGCCAAUGGUAGCCCAGUGAGGGCCAGGAGCAACUGGGUGGUGCAGAAAUUCGGAGGCACGAGUGUCGGAAAAUUCGCGCUCAACAUUAUUGAUCAAGUUGUAUUACCAAGCCUUUCAGAACACAACGUGGCCGUGGUCUGCUCUGCAAGAAGCAGUUCUACUAAAGCCGAGGGCACUACUAACCGUUUGCUACGGGCCGCGCGGGACGCAGAAAAUGCUCAAUCGCAAAAUUAUAUCUCUUUCGUCGACGCUGUUCGACUGGAACAUGUCCAGGUGGCUGAAGAGCAACUGAAGGACCCCGAAAUUAAAUCGAAAGUGAUCGGAGAUAUAAACGGCGAAUGCGAACGGGAUCUCAAGUUUCUAGAGGCUGCCCAGACUCUGGGGGAAAUCAGUCCUCGCUGUGUGGACAAGGUGAUCAGCACGGGAGAGAAACUGAGUUGCCGACUUAUGGCAGCUUUUCUUCAAGAUCGUGGGGUCGACUCACAAUAUGUAGACCUUGCUGACGUUAUUGAUUUUCCUAUCGGAAGCCAGGGGCUCGAUCAACAGUUUUACAACAAGCUCGCUACUAUAUUCGGACAGAAGAUCAGGGAUUGCGAAGGAAAAGUACCGGUGAUCACAGGGUUCUUUGGAACCGUUCCCGGAGGUCUCCUUGACCAGAUUGGUCGUGGUUAUACGGAUCUUUGUGCUGCUUUGGUUGCUGUUGGAACCCAGGCGAAAGAGUUGCAGGUAUGGAAGGAGGUCGAUGGCAUCUUCACCGCAGACCCUCGAAAAGUGCCUACUGCUCGCCUUCUGUCGGCGAUCACGCCUGCCGAAGCAGCUGAACUGACAUUUUACGGCUCGGAAGUGAUCCACCCUUUCACCAUGGAGCAGGUUAUUCGUGCGAAGAUCCCCAUUCGCAUCAAGAACGUCAUGAAUCCGAAAGGCAAUGGCACCGUUAUCUUCCCCGAUUCGCCCGCCGAACUCGAACGGACGACUCCUGGACAUGACCCGCGACUGUUCCGUACACGAAGCCCUACUUUGAUGCAGCGCCCGAAGCGGCCAACUGCCGUGACCAUUAAGCAUAAGAUCCUUGUGAUUAACGUACAUUCGAACAAGCGGUCAUUGUCGCAUGGGUUUUUCGCUGGUAUCUUCUCUGUGCUUGACCGCUGGCGGCUCUCCAUCGACUUGAUUUCGACUAGCGAGGUCCACGUGUCGAUGGCUCUCCAUUCCGAGAUGCCGCUUUUAAAUGGGGUGGGUAGAGAUGAGUUUCAAAUCAUUGAUGAAGAUCUGAAAGGGGCGCUGGGUGACUUGCAGAAAUAUGGAACGGUCGAUAUUAUCCCGGAAAUGGCAAUCCUCAGCCUUGUCGGGAAACAAAUGAAGAAUAUGAUCGGGGUUGCCGGACGUAUGUUUACGACUCUUGGGGAUAAUAAUGUUAAUAUAGAGAUGAUCUCACAAGGUGCAAGCGAGAUCAACAUCUCGUGUGUUAUUGAAGAGAGAGAUGCUGACCGUGCUCUGAACAUUAUCCACACAUCCAUGUUCACAUUCUUGGAUUAAAAUUAACUCGCUUCUUCCUUUUCUUUCUUAUUACCAUCUUGUUUGUUGCAUUCGAUACAUAUGCUGGGAUAUCUAUCAGCCUUUGCUUCGUCAGGGAAGGAGAAACAAAAAGGAAAGAGGGAGGAAAGUAUCACUCGUCUUUGUGAAAGGGUGACGAUCUAAUAGAUUCAAUGCCCUCUCUCUGAGUGUUGGCCUUUUUUCGUCCGUCUAUUUUGGUGUCCUUUCAUGCCAUUCCU